AUGAAUCUCUGGAAACUCUCCGUUGGUAUUCUGGCAGCGGUCAAGUCGGUCUGGACCCGCGGAAGCCCGUUUGCUGCACUUACAGCGCUGUGGCCGACGAAUGAAGACGGAAAAUACAUUAUUCAAGCAGAAGGCAUUCGCCUGGCUUUUACCAACCAUGGCGCUGCCCUUACAAACCUCUGGCUGAACAACACCCAUGGGGAAGAGAUUGACAUUGUCUUGGGCAUGGAUGACGCUCGGGAUUACCCUCAGCAGUCGUCGAAUCCGUACUUGAACGGAGUCAUAGGACGAUACGCUGGAUUCUUGAGCGGCGCGAGCUACGAGGUGGAUGGAAUCCUCUACAACGUCACCCCGAACGCACACAACGGAACCUCGUUAUACAAUGGUGGCGAGAAGGGAUGGGGUCGCCAAACCUGGGAUAUCGCAGUGCACAUCAACAACAGCAUCACAUUCGUCCUGUUUGAUAACCGGUGGAAUGGCUUCCCGGGUAUCUUCGCCUCCUGUGUAACACAUACAGUUACGCCGUAUGAAUGGCGGAUCGCUUUCGGGGUGACUCCAUUGCUGAAGGCCGGACCGAUCAACCUAAGCCAACAAGUGUUCUUUAACCUUGAUGGGUUCAGGCCAAACUCCAGCGAAACAGUGCUUAAUCACAAACUUCAUCUCCCGGUGGCCGGUAUGCGGUUUGAUGUUGAUGAUCGUGGUAUUCCGACUGGAGAUAUUCGAAGUAGCAGGGAGCGGAAAGAUUUCGACUUCUGGUCGACGUCGAAAUCCAUUGGGGAAGAGAUUCAGAAGCAGAGAUCAUCAUUUGAUGUGACUUAUGCGCUGUCUCAUAAACCAUUUGGUGACAAGGAGGAUGACCCUGUCGCGAUACUCUCCUCGCAUCUGUCAGGUAUCACCAUGGAGCUUUACACUGACCAAGACGCUCUCCAUGUUCAUACGUGGGAUGGUGGGUUGAAGUUGAAGAAAGAUCAAGGCGAAGGCAAGGUAUCUCAGCACGGUGCGAUAUCGUUGGAAAUGCAAGACUGGCCGGAUGCCGUCCACCACCCAGAAUGGAGACACCGAAAGACCAUUUGGGGUAUGGACGGACUAUUCACGAGAUUUGCGACAUACAAGUUCUUGGUCAAUGGGCAAUAG